GCUGGACGCAGUGUACAGUCACAUUGUUGUAUUCAAUAAGUCAAUUAAUUUAAGCACUACCGUACGGUUAAGAUGGUUUAAAACUUAAUAGAGUGGGAUUUUAUAAUGUCUACAACGCCAGAACCGCUUAAAGACAAUGAUUUAGAACACAGUCGGCACGAACUACAACCAAGCAACAAUGAAAGCAAAAGAAUCGCUGAUGACAAUGAUGCGUCCAGCAUAGCCUGCGAUGACAUGAUGAACAGCAGCUGGUGGUGGCGUACUCGUAGCUUAAACGCACCUUCACCCUUCCAGCAGUUUGGUCCAUGUGGCGGAAUUAUGAAAAACCCAGCAAUGGUUAUGCAAAUCCAGGAUCCAGCUAGUCAGAGACUGACUUGGUACAAGCCUCCACUCACAGUACUGGUCAUUAAAAAAGUCUGCGAUGCCUCCGUACUAACGCCAUUUGUGCAGCUAGUGCUUUGGUUGGUGCAGGAGAAAAAUAUGGUUGUGUGGGUAGAGUCUGCAGUGCUAGACGACGCUAUACUUAAUGAGGACACGCAAUUUCGCUCUGUUCGUGACAAGCUGGUGACCUUCAAAGAUGGUCGAGAUGAUCUUACAGAUCGUAUUGAUUUUAUUGUCUGUCUUGGUGGGGAUGGAACCCUGUUGUACGCAUCUCUAUUGUUCCAGCAAUCGGUACCACCAGUGAUGGCCUUCCACUUGGGAUCUUUAGGUUUUUUAACGCCAUAUCGUUUUGAUAACUUCCAAGAACAAGUCACCAGUGUUCUAGAAGGCCAUGCAGCGCUUACAUUGCGCAGUCGCCUGCGCUGUGUGAUGCAUCGACGAAGCGAAAAGCAACACGGAUUCGAGCAAGCUGUAGAUUUGAAUGCUGCGCACGCGUCUUCCCUGGCUAACAGCAUUUUAAUAUUAAACGAAGUUGUAAUCGAUCGUGGCCCGUCACCAUAUUUAAGCAAUAUUGAUUUGUUUUUAGAUGGAAAGUAUAUCACAUCGGUGCAGGGCGAUGGUUUGAUUGUGUCCACGCCUACGGGUAGCACAGCCUAUGCGGUGGCCGCUGGUGCCUCCAUGAUACAUUCUUCCGUGCCGGCCAUCAUGGUGACACCGAUCUGUCCACACUCUUUGAGUUUUCGACCCAUUGUUGUGCCUGCAGGUGUUGAAUUAAAAAUUUCAGUUUCACCUGAAAGUCGGAAUACCUCGUGGGUAAGCUUUGAUGGUCGCAAUCGUCAGGAGCUCUUUCAUGGCGACAGUCUGCGCGUAACCACCUCAAUUUAUCCAGUCCCCAGCAUUUGUGCCCAAGAUCAAAUAUCUGAUUGGUUUGCGUCGUUGGCCGAUGGACUUCACUGGAAUGUGCGCAAGCGUCAGAAAUGUCUUGAUGAGUUGUCAGACUUAACUGCAUCUGGAUCGGAGGAUACGUUCGAUGAAAUUGAAAAUACAAAAUUGUAUGACGGGUAGUGCGUAAGUUUAAGAGCUCACC